AUGGACGCGCUCUCUCUCAACUGGAAAAAAGUCAUGUAUGACCCGGAUGCUUCCAUGGACAUGGCCAUGCGACAGACGGACUGGCACGCGCUCUGCAAGCUGGCCUCGGGCCUGCGCGACGGCAUGCCCUGCGUCCCCAUGGACUACGCCACCAACGGCCUCAACAACAUGGCGCGCCUGCUGCAAUUCACGGACGGCACGAUGUGGGUGGCCAGGAUUGCCAUGCGGAGGUCGGCGGCCGCCACAGAGAAGCUGCGCAACGAGGUCGACGCGAUGCGCUGGAUUCAUGAACAGUCGCGUCUGCCCUCGCCCGAGAUAUUCGCGUUUGAAGUCGACGAGCACAACAUCACGGGCGUCCCCUUUGUGCUUAUGUCGUUUAUCCCGGGGAACACGGCAAUGGAUUCUGGCGGUGGCUACGACACACACCACGGCGUCAUCGCCGUCGCCCAACGGCCGCACUUCUACCGCUCCGUGGCCCUAUGCCAUGUGCAAAUGACAUCCUUGCGACUUCCCCAAAUUGGCACGAUUCGCAAAACUGCCAACGGCACCUUCGAAGCCGGCCCCAUCCCGGGAAUCGGCGGUCCCUUUGACACCGCGACCGACUUCUUUUUGGCUUGGGCCGACCACGUGCAGUUUCCACGCCAGCCCAGCGAAAUCGUGGACAUCAUGGGCGGCGCGCCCGAGACAGAGCACGUCCUGCACGCUGUCGAAACGUUCUUGGAUCGCUUUCGCGCUGUGGUGCCGCAAUUCGUCGCGCGAAGCAGCCGUGGCCGCGACACGGGACCGUUUCCUCUUUGCCACCCCGAUUUCUUGCACAGCAACAUCAUCGUCGCCGGCGACGACGAUUACACCGUUCUUGGUGUCAUCGAUUGGGAGGGCGCCUGCACGCUGCCCGUCGAGCUCAUCCGCUUCCCGCGCUUCCUCGAUGCCAUGCCGCGCCGCUUCGGCCGGCCCAGUCACUACGGCCCCGACGGCCUGCCACGCGACGAGGACGAGCGACAGCUGUUGCGCGAGCGCCGCGAAUAUGUACAGAUGGUUGCGGAGUGGGAAGCGCGAGAAGGGACGGACCACACGUUGUCGAUUUGCUUGGCAGACGAAAAUGCACAGGCUCUGUCGUAUGUCAUGGAGGCGUUCGACGGCGGCAAGAUGGGAUUUUAUGACGACUUGCUAGACGAUCUGGACAAGGACCUGCCUCCUACACUUGUAUCGCUGUAA